CGCGAGCCGCCACUCCCCAGACCUGAUUUUUGGCCAUUGACACUGUGGAGGAGGUAUGGUGUCUCGCUUCGAUCCCGGCCCUCCACGUUUGAUCAUCAGACUCAGUGCGAGGAAUGACUGUCUGGUACGCGAUGGAGAUUGAGAGAUGCUCGAGUAUAAGGGCUGGCAGGCUGCGCCAGCUCAACUUAGCCUGGCAUCAUUUUCAAAGAACAAUCUCACAUUCACAUAAUGGCCCCUUCGCUGGAACUCCUCCCAAAGUCCGUCGAGCCUGUGCCGACCAAGUCGGUCUCGACCAUCAGCAAUGGGUCUUCCCUCAAGUUCGAGAGCCAGGAGAAGCACCAGCGGGUGUUGAACGUUUUCCGAGCUUUCAUCGCCGAUCUCGUCCAGCAAUAUGGCGAUGGCCACCCUGGAUCCCCAAUGGGCAUGGCUGCCAUUGGUAUCGCCCUGUGGAAGUAUGUCAUGAAGUACUCUCCGACGAAUUGCAAUUACUUCAACCGUGAUCGUUUUGUUCUUUCCAACGGUAUGUGACCCCUUCACCUUUUGUGGACGGCACUAACAAACACGACAGGCCAUGCCUGCCUCUGGCAAUACACCUUUCUACACCUCGUCGGCGUCAAGAGCAUGACCCUCGACCAGCUCAAGUCCUACCACUCAACAGAUCCCGACUCACUCUGCCCCGGCCAUCCCGAAAUCGAAAACGAGGGUGUCGAAGUCACAACUGGUCCCCUUGGCCAGGGAAUCGCCAAUGCAGUUGGUCUUGCCAUGGCGACGAAGAACCUUUCCGCCACGUACAACAGACCCGGCCACGAGGUGGUGAACAACAUGACAUGGUGUAUCGUCGGUGACGCUUGCAUCCAGGAGGGUGUUGGUCUCGAAGCUCUCUCGCUUGCUGGCCACUGGAGGCUCAACAACCUUUGCGUGAUUUUCGACAACAACAACAUUACGUGUGAUGGAACAGUGGAUGUUGCCAACACUGAGGAUGUUAACGCCAAAAUGCGGGCUACUGGUUUCAACGUGGUGGACGUGUACAACGGCGACUGGGACGUCGAAGGCAUCACAAACGCCCUUGUUGCCGCCCGCUCAAGCGAUAAACCCACUUUCAUCAACAUCCGCACAACAAUUGGCUUCGGGGCCAAGCAGGCCGGCACAGCCGAUGCGCAUGGAGCGGCCCUUGGAGUCGACGAGGUGGCCCGGGUCAAGAAGUCUUUCGGCCUCAACCCCGAAGAGUUCUUCCACAUCCCCCAGGAUGUCUACGACUUCUUCAGCGACAUCCCCGCCCGCGGCGAGGCCCUCGAGUCCGGCUGGCAGUCGGUUGUGGCCAAGUAUCGCGAGGCAGAGCCUGAGUUAGCUGCCGAGUUUGAUCUCCGUGUCGCUGGUAAGAUGCCUGCCGACUGGACCAAGUGCAUCCCCCGCAAGGAAGACCACCCUACUGCACCUACUGCCUCGCGAAAGUCGGCCUUUGCGACUACCGACGCCCUUGGACAAAACAUCAACUCCAUUAUGAUUGCCACUGCGGACCUUACUCCCUCUGUCAACGUCGCCUACAAAAACAGGGUUGACUUCCAGUCUCCUGAUCUCCGAACAGCCUGUGGCCUAGACGGAAACUACAGCGGUCGAUACAUCCGCUAUGGAAUUCGUGAGCAUGCCAUGUGCGCCAUCUCCAACGGUCUCGCCGCAUUCAACAAGGGCACAUUCAUUCCCAUCACAAGUACAUACCUAAUGUUCCAUCUCUACGCCGCUGCCGCUCUCCGCAUGGGGGCGCUCCAAGGCCUUCAAGCCAUUCACAUCGCUACCCACGACAGCAUUGGUGUCGGCGAGAACGGACCUACUCACCAGCCUGUUGCUGUCGCCGCUCUCUUCCGCGCCAUGCCCAACUUCCUCUUCAUCCGACCCUGUGAUGCCGAAGAAACCGCUGGCGCCUACACUGCCGCCCUCCAAGCCAAAGACACUCCCACCACCCUCGCCCUCUCUCGUCAAAGCCUCACACAAUACCCACAGUACUCCUCCCGCGAGGGCGUCCUCAAGGGCGCCUACGUCUUCACGGAAGCCGAAGGCUCAACAGGCCCCGAUGACUUUGACGUGACUCUGAUUGGUGUCGGCUCCGAAAUGGUCUACGCUGUGCAGACCCGCGACCUCCUCGCCAAGGAGUACGGCCUCAAGGCCCGAAUCGUCUCCUUCCCCUGCCCCCGUCUCUUCGAGCAACAGUCGCGCGAAUACAAGCAGUCUGUCCUGAGACCCCGCGCAGGCAAGCCCACCGUCGUCAUCGAGGCAUACCCUGCCAACGGGUGGGAGCGAUAUGCCGACGCGGGUGUGACGAUGAGCAGCUUCGGAAAGGCCCUUCCUUGCAAGGACGUGUACGCCCACUAUGGAUUCGAGCCGAAGAGCAUUGCUGCUAAGGUCAGCGACCUUGUUGAGGAAGUCCGACGGGACGGCAUUGGGAUCUUGAGGGGCGACUUUAGGGAGUUUAAUGGGCCGUUGACGAUUGGUGCUCACCAUUAGGGUUUUUUUUUUUUUUUAGAAAUGAUUGCAUGCAUGUAAUGUCUAUAGAAUGAACAAUUUUGAUUAUUUUAUUUCACAAACUGUGUCAAAAAUGAUUCAAUCACGGAGCCUACACUUUAGGGUGGUGAAGCUCUGAU